AUGGAGACAGCUUGCGUGCAGCAACGCCUGCAGGAUCCGGAACCUGGUUCCUGGCUGCCCCAGACGGUCCCGUGCCGAGGGAGUCACUGGCAGACUUCGCUGCUGGCGUGUCGGGCAUCUCUUCCCGCCAGAGCACAACCAAAGAAGAAGAAGAAAGUGGAUGUAAGGAAGGAGCAAGCGCAGAAGGAUCGCAUGAAAAAGAAGAUUAGAAAGUUGGAAAAAGCUGCCCCAGAAAUGAUUCCAAUUGAGGAUUUUAUAACACCGCUUAAGUACUCAGAUAACAACAGGGUGCGAAGUCUUCCCCCUCUGUCAUUUGAGGAGUCUGAAAGAAGAGUUUUACUUAUGAAAAAGUGGUGUUUGUUUAAGCAGAAACAAAAUGAGGCAGAAAAGAAAGCAAUUCAGAGCCUUGUAGAAGCUCAGCAAGAGGCACUAAAGGAACUCCGCCUGGAAUCAGAAGAGCUGUACCAGGCAGCAAUCAGACGAGAUGAGGGGCUUUUCCCCUUUGAGAGAGAUGGACCUAAUUAUACCCCACCACUUCCUGGUUACGAUCCUCCCGAAGGAAAAUGCGUUGAUAUCACCAAAGUGUAUACGCAGUGA